AUGUCAUCACAACAUUUGUUCUCACCAAAUGAUUUGAUACAACAUAUGGACUCUUUACUUCGCGAGUCGAAGAUAGAACAUUCUAGAAAAAUGGUUACGUCUAACUACAGCUGGUUACGAUCAAAGACUUUAGAGGGACAAUCAGAUAAUGAUGAACUGGAGCAAUUUAAACCUAUAGUUUUGAAGAUGUCUUCUGAGAGUUGCGCGAUGGUAGCUGUCAAACUAGAUGCUUUACUCGUAACGGCUUCCAAUCCUGCUGACGUGCUAGCGAGCAUCAAGAAUGUUUUAGAAGAGCAACAAGACAUACAGCUCCUUGAGAACAGAGUGAAGUUUGCAAAAGAGAAGAAGAAACGGAAAUGGAAUAGAGUACACCCCGUGUUGUCGCCGCCGGGGAGACAACCGACCGUGUCGUUUAUUUUAAAUUAA